AUGGCGGUUCAGACAAGGCUUGUGUCGAUUUUCUUCAUUCAGCUAGUUCUUCUCGCUAUUUCAGGGCUGAACCGGGCCAGUGGAGCCGGUCUGCAAACUGGUUUCUACGAUGAGAGCUGCCCUGAAGCAGAGACCAUAGCGCUUAAGACUAUUCGCAAGGCCAUCUCCAAGGACGGAUCCAUUGCUGCUGCAUUGCUCAGGCUCCAUUUCCAUGACUGCUUCGUUAGAGGAUGUGAGGCUUCGGUGCUUUUGGAUGCAGCAGAGGAAGGUGACGCAGAGAAAGAUGCAUCGUCCAACUUCAGCUUGAGAGGGUACGACGUGAUCGAUGAUGUGAAGUCUGCGAUUGAGAAGAGUUGUCCCGGUGUGGUUUCUUGUGCCGAUAUAUUGGCAUUGGCUGCUCGUGAUGCGGUUCGACUGACGGGUGGAUCAUCUUGGAAAGUGGAAACUGGACGUAGAGAUGGAAGAAUCUCACUUAGCAAGGAGGCAGACGAAAAUUUACCAUCCUCGAAUUUCAACAUAGCUCAGCUGAAACAAAACUUUGCAUUGAAGGGUUUAACUAAGAAAGACUUGGUUGUUUUGUCAGGGGCGCACACCAUUGGCGUUACAAGUUGUUUCGUGAUCAACGAUAGACUAUACAACUUCACCGGGAGAAGCGAUACCGACCCGGCCCUGGAUCCAACCUUUGCCUCAGAACUGAAGAAGAAAUGCAAGCCUGGUGGCGGCGGCCCAGUUCUUGAGCUGGACCAAGGAAGUUCCACGAUUUCUGAUGCACAUUUCUACAAAGCUGUAAGGCAAAACAGAGGUCUCCUUACCUCUGAUGCAGCACUUCUUAAUGAUCCUGUAACUCUAGCUUAUGUCAAACGCCAGUCCACCUCUCCUGUCAAGGCCACUUUUGGUAGGGAUUUUGGUAAAUCAAUGGUGAAGAUGGGUGGGAUUGGUGUUCUCACAGGAAACGAAGGGGAGAUUAGGAAACGUUGUGCCUUUGUGAACUGA